AUGGGUAUUACAUGUGUAUUACUUGUUAGCAAUGGAGGGUAUCAAGAUUUGGUAGAUUUGAGUGAACGAAUAAUAUCAAAUUUGUCAGGUAAACUUUUAGAUAAUUGGAAAAUCAAUGCAUUGCUGCAACAACAACAAUCAAUGUAUACCAUAUCAUUUAAUAGUGGUGCUCUUAAAGAUAAAUUUUAUUGUUUGGUAGAUGAUAUUAUUGUAGAAUCUGAUAGAGAAAUGGAAGGAAUAUUGAAAAGAUUAAAAAAUCUUUGGAUGAGUAGACAAAUGGCUCAAUUUGAGGGACAAACAUAUAGCAUUGGUGAUUUUGUUAUACGUGCAGCUAAUGCUUCAAAUUCACCACAAAAAGGAAUGUUAAUUGAAAUAGAAUAUUUGCCAACACUCAAUUAUAAAUCAGCAAUACCAUUAUUAAAAGAAUUUAUUACAAUUUUACUACCUGAUGUUAAAACUUUGUCAUGGAGUCCAGGAUCUGAAAUGGAAAAUUUUAAAAAAGUUGGAUUAUCAGAAACAGAUUUCUCUAGAACACAUACUGCUCAUCAAUAUAUUAUGUUAUUUAAAAAUAACAGUAUUUUGUAG